AGCACUGGUGUUUUACCUGCAUUGGGUGACCUAUAAAUCGUGUCCUUUAUCGCAUUCGAGCAACAAUUGGCGUAGAACGGCGGUGUAUAGCAUAGGAGGCGCGUUCAACAACUUUCACAACUCAACAGUUUGUACGAAGUUUCCAAGUGAUUGAAUUCAUGGUACAAGAUGAGACGUUUAUCGGAGGACAAAAAAAAGCUGGUUUAUGAGAAAUUGACAAAAUAUAUUGGAGAUAAUAUGAAGUUCCUUAUCGACAGACCAGAUGGUACUUAUUGUUUUCGAAUAAAAAAAGAGAGAGUGUACUAUGUAUUAGAAAAGAUUUUAGGUCUUGCGAGCUCGGUAUCGUCGAACGAUUUAAUGAGCGUUGGCACAUGCAUUGGAAAAUUUACAAAAUCUGGAAAGUUUCGACUACACAUUACAGCCUUACAUUAUUUAGCACCGUACGCAACGCAUAAAAUAUGGGUCAAACCUUCGGCCGAACAACAAUUUUUAUAUGGUAACAAUAUAAACAAAGCUGGUUUAGGAAAAAUAACUGAAAAUACUUCAAAGUAUCAAGGAGUUGUUGUGUAUUCAAUGAACGAUUUACCUUUGGGAUUUGGAGUUGCAGCGAAAAGUACUUUAGAAUGUGCAUGUGCGGAUCCAAUGUCAAUAAUUUGCUUCCAUCAAGCUGAUAUAGGAGAAUACAUUAGAUGCGAAGAUACAUUACUUUAGGAAUGAAUAAUAGUAUAAAUAAUACACAGGAAUUCAGUAAUAUAAAUGCUAUUGCCAUUUGGUUCCAAGUAA